UUCGGCAUAUUUCGGAAAGGCAGCGCACUCCAGAGUGUCACGGACGCUCAGAGAUUGUGUGACGUGGUACUCAGAUUUUUGCAGUGCUGGGCCCUGCCAGUGAAAGGAAGCGCAGUGGUGGCAGGCUGUUUGUAUUUCUGAGCGCAACCUUAAGAAAGCCAAAGACGGGUUACACGCAGACUGGCGUUACGAGGGGGAAAAAGCGCAACGAAGGGAGAAAAGACAGGCAGUCGGCUGUCGGUGUGUUUUCUCUUUCGAAAGGUCCUUAAAGGAAAAAUUAAUUUGGAUGCAAACAAUCAGAAUUGUUAAGGACACAUCAUGAAUAGAAAUAAGCGUGAGAAAGAAUUCUACAGUUUGGAUGUUGGAGACUCAACUUUCACAGUUUUAAAACGCUAUCAGAAUUUGAGACCUAUUGGUUCUGGAGCACAAGGAAUUGUCUGCUCUGCAUAUGAUCACAUCCUUGAAAGAAAUGUUGCGAUUAAGAAGCUUAGUCGUCCUUUUCAAAACCAAACCCAUGCAAAGAGAGCUUACAGAGAGUUGGUGCUAAUGAAAUGUGUCAAUCAUAAAAACAUUAUUGGCCUUUUAAAUGUAUUUACACCACAAAAAUCCCUAGAAGAAUUUCAGGAUGUUUACCUGGUGAUGGAGCUGAUGGAUGCCAAUCUGUGCCAAGUAAUUCAGAUGGAGCUAGACCAUGAACGUUUAUCUUAUCUUCUUUAUCAGAUGCUUUGUGGAAUCAAACACCUUCACGCAGCAGGAAUCAUACACAGGGAUUUGAAACCUAGUAAUAUUGUAGUGAAGUCUGACUGUACAUUGAAGAUUCUUGAUUUUGGACUCGCCAGGACAGCUGCUACUGGUUUACUGAUGACACCUUAUGUGGUCACACGUUAUUACAGAGCACCUGAGGUCAUACUUGGAAUGGGUUACCAAGCCAAUGUUGAUGUCUGGUCAAUUGGCUGCAUCAUGGCAGAAAUGGUCAGAGGUAGUGUGUUGUUUCCUGGCACUGAUCAUAUUGAUCAAUGGAAUAAAGUUAUUGAACAGUUAGGAACACCUUCACAAGAAUUUCUGAUGAAACUCAACCAAUCUGUUAGAACGUAUGUAGAAAACAGACCCAGAUAUGCUGGCUAUAGUUUUGAAAAGCUUUUUCCAGAUGUCCUUUUUCCUGCAGAUUCAGAGCACAACAAACUUAAAGCCAGCCAAGCAAGAGAUUUGUUAUCUAAAAUGCUCGUCAUUGAUGCUUCCAAAAGAAUAUCUGUUGAUGAAGCUCUUCAGCACCCUUACAUCAAUGUCUGGUAUGAUCCUUCUGAAGUCGAAGCACCUCCACCAAUAAUUACUGAUAAACAGUUAGAUGAAAGAGAACAUACAGUUGAAGAAUGGAAAGAAUUAAUUUACAAAGAAGUACUUGAGUGGGAAGAAAGAACAAAAAAUGGUGUAAUUCGAGGGCAGCCAGCUUCUUUAGGUGCAGCAAUGAUCAAUGGCUCCCAGCAUCCAUCAUCAUCUUCAUCAGUCAAUGAUAUAUCCUCAAUGUCAACAGACCCCACAUUGGCUUCAGAUACUGACAGCAGCUUAGAAACAUCAGCUGGACCACUUGGCUGCUGCAGAUGACUAUAUUCAUUUUAUGGUUCUCUUUAUAUGUGCUAGGUGGUAUGAAGUAUAGGCCAAACUGAGAAUUGUUCAGAGUUUUUCUAAUAUUUUCCCUGAAAAUAAUUAGGAUGUAAUUACUGUGUAUUUUAUCUGAAAAAUAUUCAGAGAUCAGAUUAAGAAUUUUUAAAUGCUUUCAGGUGUCUGUAUGAGAUCAUUGUAUAUUAACGUUGGUCAACGUGUGUGGGAUUAUUUUAUUACUAUUUUUUUUAAGAUCAUAAUAGCUCAUGUUAUUUGCUCUAGCCAAAUUGUUUUUGCAAUUUUGAAAGUAAUUUGUGAAUAUUUUAUGCUUUUAUUAAAUUAAGCCCCAUUAAGUUUACAGGUUGCCAUUUUGCCUUUUAAUGUUUUCAUGAAUCUAAAAAAGAUGCAAUAAAUCAAGACAAUGAUGACCUGCAGAUUGGUUGAAAAUUGAUUGUUGCAUUGAAAGAUUGUGCAGAGACAUUAAUAUGCUAAAACAUUAUUAAAUAUACAAAACCAUUGUGAUGCCUGACUACAUCAUGUAAAUAGGCUGAAUCUUAUGAAUCAGCAGUUUUUUUAUAUACAUAUAAAUAUAUAUAUACAGAUAGAUAGAUAGAUAUUUAAAUGGUCUUAACAGGCUCUGAACAUAUUUUAAUUUAGUGAAGCUCAGACGCCAUGAAUUUGUCCCUUGUUUUUUUUGGGACAGUAAUUUUUUGCCUUCAGUAAUUCAGCUUUUUUUUCGUACUAUAUGAACUUGAUGAUGUAGUAGGCUUAGAUAAUAUAGGGUAAAAAUCUUUCAGAAUGUGGUUAAAAUGUGAAUGGAGAAGUUUCUGUUAGCACACAACAAACAGCUUCCUGUUUUUUUCUACAGUAAUUAGCUGUGGCACUUGAGGCAUAACCUCAUAAUACUGUCCUCUGCCAUCAUCUGAUGAUGAUGGCAUGAGGAAGCUGUUUAAUGUUGUAUUUAUGGCUACAAUAUCAAAGGGGGUCCUGAAGGGGUAUAAUUUUUUUUUCUACCCAAAAUUGAAAGGUUCACAAAUGUAUUUUUACAAAUGCAUGCAGAUUUUAACAAUCCAUAGGUUGCAGAUGUCUCCUAUGCAUGUCAUUUCAGUGGCUGGAGUUGCAAGUGCAAGGACUUUUUUAGUUUGUAAUAGUGAAAGCUUGAUGAUGUUAUUAUAGAGAAAGGCUCUGAGCAUCGUACAUAACAAUAAGCAUUAAUGCAGAUAAAAUUUGAUUUUAUUGUCUUAAUAUAGCUUUGCCUUUAUAACAGCAAGAGCUGAAAUUUAAGUGAAAAUUUUUUGGGUUUGUUUUUAAAUUAAUUGGAACCCCUUGCCACACACACGUUUGCGUUUUUAUAUUUGACCAAUUUUCUUAAUUCAGUAUAUAGAGGCAAAAAAAAAUGUAUGAAUCAGUAUGCAAUAAUAGCAUCUUUGCAGGUUUUUUUUUCCUUUAAUUUAUUUAUUUAUUUUUUUUCUUUAAUUUUAGUGGAAAAGUGCCUGUUGUGAAUGGUGCAGUAGUUCAUGUAAAACUACCAAAAGGUUAUUUGGGUUUUGUAACAAUAAAUAUCUGAGGUUUUUAAACUGAUGUUAUAGAUCUGGUUUGAAGAUGUCAGGUUUUUUUUUUUCCUUUUUUUUUUUAAUUUAAAAAACACCCUUAAUAGAAUGUUUUUUUCUUUAGAAUGUAAAUUAAUCUUAAGACUGUGUGUGUGGAAUUGUGAGGAACUUCUGAGAAUGUAAAAAAAAAAAAAGUAGACUAAAAGGUGAAACCAUUUUACACACACGAACACACAAAUAUAUAUGUUAAAAAUGUAAGGCAUUUGUACAGUUUUAAUCUCUCUGACCCUCUUGAUCAAGCAGAAUAUGAGCUUAUCAUCAAAUCUUUUUUUAAUUGACAUUGUUUUGUUUUGUUUUUUUCUUUUAAGUGCUCUUAAUUUUAUCGAUCAGAUCCCACUUCACGAGAUGCAGUUUGAACACAAGAGUAUGUUUGCUUUUGUUUUUGUUGCAUCUCAUACAAUAUUAAAUACAAUAACGUCAGCUUUGAUGAACUACCUCACACUAAAUUUCUACAAGUUCUCGGUCAAACAUAGUUAACCCACAUUAUUAGAUAUAGAAAUGUGAAACACAGAUUUUGUUUAUUUAUUUAUUUUUAUGUGUACUAUUGCCAAUGUUAGGAUACUUCUAGUAUUAUAUGUAAUGUAUACUUCACUUAGAAGUAAGGAAACUGUUUCUGUAUAAUUUUUUUACAGUUCAUGUGCAAUACCUUCUGCAAAUUGUGCAAGUAGUAAUUGGUGGAUCUAGCCAUGUAGAUGUAUGUUUCUGGAGGUAGAAAUAAAUUGUUGGUACUGUCAAUCCAUGUUUUCCUUUUUAUAAAUGAAAACAAUUUUAUGUGACUUGAUGGAGUCAUGAGUUAAGAUAAUCUGCCUUACCAAUUUUCAAUAUUUGCUCCCGGGUAUCAGUGGAUAAAGAUCAUGCAUGGUGAGAUACACUUUGUCCCAUAGGUGGUAAGGUGAAAUAAACAAUUAUGAGAAUAACUGCAUAAAAAAAGCUGAUAUACUGUAGUUAAUGGUGCUGGCCUUAAAGAUCACAAGAAAGACCAGCAGGUCAGAUAACCAACUUCUCAGUAUAACAUGCAACACAGACAGUAAAAUGUAAAUUAUUGGAGUAUAUGCACUGGAAUCCAAUAAUGCAGUUCUUAAACAUACUUAAAAUAAACCAUGGAAUUUAAA